AUGCAACAGGCGAGUGAAACGAUCGAGAAGGAAGUGACAGGAAGAGAGUUGGAGAAUAUGGUGAUGGAAGAGGAUUACCUUUAUGAAACUAUGGAUCCAGCCGGUGCAGCAAAUAUUGAACGGGGUCAAACAACCGCUGAUGAUGGUUAUAGUGAUGGACCACCUGUUUGUGAGGUGUAUGAAACUAUCGAUGAAAGCGGUGGCAUUAAUUCCUCAUUAGAAAGCAGUACGGGAUCGUAUGAUGCGUAUCAUCCUGGAUCAUCGUUCACUACUCGUGCAGCCCUUCCUCCACAUGCCAAAGUGAUGAUGUUGAUGAAAUCAAACACACCUGGAGAGAAGCCAAGGCUGGUGAAAUUAGAACCAGUGGAAAAUCCCUCAAAACCUGAUUUUCGAUUUGCUUUUGAGACGCUGCGAAAAUGUGUGAAGAAAAGUACUCCACCACAGAUUCCACGUACUCGCAAACGACGAAUUAUUCAACCUGUAAUGAAGAAAAAUAAGAGUAUUGUCAAUCCUGCAGAAUCCAGACAAAUGACGACACGGAGCGGACGAAAAGACCUGAAGUCAGAACCUACUAAUGAUGAUGAAAGUAUUGAGAGUGAACGAAAUAGAAGGCCUAGACGUGCUCAUAAAGCUCCACAGAGAUAUGGAGAUUAUGUUGAUGAAACGAAUCGGGAUGCUGCACGCAUAAAUCUAACAGAUAUUCCGGGUUUUGAACCAGAAGCCGAAGAAUCAGAGCAAGGGGAAAGGUCACGAAGAAGCCAUCCAACUAACAUGCGAAAGACUUUGAAUAUAUUGGGUGAAAUCAUUGAUGAUGGCUUUAAGAGAAGUUUCGAUGGAAACUUGUCGGAAGGGCAGGAAGAAAUAAACGAAGAAAGUGAAGAUGAUAAUGAGAAUGAGUUUUUCGAGGAUGAAGAGAUGGUUGAUGUAGAAGGACGCGAGGAAGAGGAAAGGCUCAAUGAAACUGCCGAAGAAAAUGUAAAAAAGGAUGAAAAUCAAAAAUCCGUAGGUGGGCAAAAAAGAAAGCUGCAAUGCGAUCGUUGUAAUCGUUACUUCGCUAAUCAUAAUAGCAUGAAUGCUCAUCGUUUCAAAGUACAUCGAGUUGUUAUACGGGCUUCCGUCAAAUGUCCAGGCUGUGAGCAUCGUGCUACAACAAUCCAUACAUUGAAUGAACAUGUGGCUGAUGAACACGGUAUCAAAUUGCAAUACGUCAAAAGAAAAUUCAAAAGUACUGGAGAAUUUCAGAAUUAUUUGGAUGAUUUAGCCGUGACUCGAAAUAUGGGAUUUGUUUUGCACAGGAAGUCAGAAAACAAACGACAGUUAUAUUGCAAUCGUUCUGGAGCAAUAAGAGUAAAUAAAGGUGGUUCGUUGCGCAAUCGUCCCCGAAAAGGCACUGCCAAAAUUGGUGCAAUGUGUCCUGCUCAUUUGUUUUACACAGAAUGUGAUGAUGGAUCUAUCGAAGUGAAUGGACAGUUGACUCAUUUUGGUCAUGCAUUAGACCCUAGAUUUGUUUUUCCAGCUACCAGUUCUGAGAAAGUGUCAGCACGUGUUAGACUUACACGUCCUAAAAGAGAUUUGCUGCACAGAAGUGUUCCAGUAGAUCUUCAGGAUCAUAGCAAAAGCACAGGAAGCGAUGAUGGUAGUUUUGUCAAUGUUGAUAACGAUAAUACGAAUGGAUUUGAUGAGAGUAGAACUCGUCAUAGAGGGGAAAGUGAGAUUGUACUGGAACAGCGUUACGGACCACUGCAUCCAAAUUCGGAUGAAAUUGAUAUAAGGAUGAAAAACAUUGAUCGACUUUGUUCAUUUUUGUUCGACAAUGUAUCGGAACAACUUUAUCGUUUGAAUGAUGAAACAAUGGAUAUGGUAUUGAGAGCACUUCGUACAACGCAAAAUUCAAUUUCAAAUUUAAAUAGUAUGAUGAUACAAAUUAAAGAGGGUGACCCUGAUGUUGUACAAAAAUUUCAACGACGUGGACCAGGCUCACGUUACGCGCAGUGGUUGCCGUCGUUUGCAAAUAUGUCAGAGAGGGUACGUACGGAAUCGACAAGCAGUCGGCAACAACGACGGCAGAUGUAUGACACGGAAGAUUACGAUGAAGAUACUGUAUAUUACAGACAUGUACCAUUACGUACCACUGAUGAAUACGAAAAUGUUUACGUUGUGGACGAGGGUCAGGUUGAAACAAGUGGAGAAGUGGAAGCAGGUGAAGAAUAUUACGAAACUUAUUGA